AUCGCGCGGGCAUCGUGCGCGCGGCUGUCGCUGCCUGGUGGCGGGAGAAGCCGCGCUCGCGCCAAGGAACGUGCGUCCGCACUCGUGCGGUCAUGGAGGUGCAGCAGCGGCUGCUAACUGCGACUACCACGUUUCGGUGUCGGAGCCGAAGGCUGCUGCUACCGCUGCUGCUGUUCCUGCUGCGGUCCGGGGCUCUGCGGAGCUGUGAUGCAGAGGAAAGUCCCCGGACCCGCGAAGAGGAGUGCCACUUAUACGCGGGCGGACAAGUUUACCCAGGCGAGGCGUCCCGGGUGUCGGUCGCCGACCACUCCCUCCAUCUCAGCAAAGCCAAGAUUUCAAAGCCAGCACCUUAUUGGGAAGGAACAGCUGUGAUAAAUGGAGAAUUUAAGGAGCUCAAGUUAACUGAUUAUCAUGGAAAAUACUUGGUUUUUUUCUUCUACCCACUUGAUUUCACAUUUGUGUGUCCAACUGAAAUUAUCGCUUUUGGUGAUAGAAUUGAAGAAUUCAGAUCUAUAAAUACUGAAGUGGUAGCAUGUUCUGUUGAUUCACAGUUUACCCAUUUGGCCUGGAUUAAUACUCCUCGAAAACAAGGAGGACUUGGGCCAAUAAGCAUUCCACUUCUUUCAGAUUUGACCCAUCAGAUUUCAAAGGACUAUGGCGUGUAUCUAGAGGACUCAGGCCACACUCUUAGAGGUCUCUUCAUUAUUGAUAACAAAGGAAUCCUAAGACAGAUUACUUUGAAUGACCUCCCUGUGGGUAGAUCAGUGGAUGAGACACUACGUUUGGUUCAAGCAUUCCAGUACACUGACAAACAUGGAGAAGUUUGCCCUGCUGGUUGGAAACCUGGUAGUGAAACAAUAAUCCCAGAUCCAGCUAGAAAACUGAAGUAUUUUGAUAAACUAAACUGAAAAAUACUUCCUUGGGCUGUGAUGCUUGAACAUUAUUAAUAAAGUUCAACAUUUUAUUAC